AUGUCCAAAAACCAGGUGCUCAGCGCAGAGCAGAUAAAGGCCAGGAUCGGGGCGGGCGACAUUUUGGUGAUCUACGACAAAUGCGUGCUCCGGCUCAACAACUGGAUCAAGAUCCAUCCCGGCGGAGACAAAGCCGUCCACCACAUGGUGGGGCGAGAUGCCACCGACGAGAUGAACGCGUACCAUUGCGACGAGACGAUCGCCACGUUCAAGCGGUUCCAGAUCGGCCGCAUCGACCACGACUGGGUCAACCUCGUCCCGCCUAUCCAGGGCGGCCAGUACGCAAAGGUUGCUGAUAAGCCUCUUCCGGGCCAGAUGCCGGCUGAGGUGGCUCCCAAGUUCCCUGUGGGCGUGGUGCCGACGUCUGCCAGCAUCCGAAUUGAGCAGGGCCCGAUCAGGGACCCGCAGGCCGUCAUUGAGAACUUCGACAACGUGCUGGUCAAGAAGGAUCUCGAAACGUGGCCGUCGCUCGACUACGGCACCCAGAAGCUGAUCUCGCAGAAAUACGCCGAGCUGCACGAGAAAGUGAAGGCUGCGGGACUCUAUGAGUGUCCGUACGUGGAGUACUACAAGCAGCUGUGCAUCAAUGGGGGGCUUUUCCUGUAUUUUCUGGUUUUUCUGAAAAUCAGGUGGUAUUUCCUGAGCGCGGUCGCGAUCGGGCUCUGCUGGCAGCAACUGACGUUCAUUGCGCACGACGCAGGACACUUGGCCAUCACCCACGACUAUAACAUUGAUAACUUCCUCGGGGUGCUCGUCGCCGACUGGAUGGGCGGCCUGUCACUGGGCUGGUGGAAAAGAAACCAUAACGUCCACCAUCUCGUCACAAACGACCCUGUUCACGACCCAGAUAUCCAGCACCUGCCCUUCUUUGCCGUCAGCUCGCGGCUGCUCGGCAACGUCUACUCCACGUACUACGAGAAAACGCUGUGGUUCGACCGUCUGGCCAAGGUGCUGGUGCAGUUCCAGGACCGGCUGUACUACCCGAUCCUGUGUUUUGGCCGCUUCAACCUGUACAGACUGUCCUGGGAGUACCUUCUGACAGGGAAGAGUCCGCGCGGAAAGGCCUGGUGGCUGUGGUAUUUCGAGGUGGCCGGCCUGUCGUUUUUCUUCUACUGGUUUUUCUAUUUGCUGAUCGGCUCGCUCGAAACAUGGCGCGACCGCAUCCAGUACAUUCUUGUCUCGCACAUCGUCACCAUGAUUGUGCACGUCCAGAUCACGCUCAGCCACUUCGCCAUGUCGACGUCCGACCUGGGCGGCUCCGAGUCGUUUGCUGCGCGCCAGCUGCGCACCACCAUGGACGUGGACUGUCCCGAGUGGUUCGACUUUUUCCACGGCGGACUCCAGUUCCAGGCCGUCCACCAUCUGUUCCCGCGGCUCCCUAGACACAACUUCCGCAAAGCGCAGGCGUACGUGCUGGACUUCUGUCGCGAGACGGGGCUGAAAUACUCCAUCUACGGCUUCGUCGAUGGCAACAACAAGGUGCUGCUGCACAUGGAAAAUAUAGGCAAACAGGUCAAGAUCAUGCAGGAGUGUCUGCGCAGCAUGGCUCUGGAGUCGACAGAGCACAAGAACAUAUACGAAAAACGGGUCCAGCAGGCGAUGACGGAGACCAAAAUUAUAUAG